UGCCUCUUCCAGUCGUGCGCGCACUAUCGAGCGGACAGCCGCGGGGAGCUGCACCUGGGCACGGACGCCUCCCAGGGCGGGGACUACACCGGCGUGGAGCCCAUGGGGCUCUUCUGGAGCCUCUCCCCCGCCGCCAUGGAGCGGCCGUACCAGCGGCUCGUUCCCCGCAGCACCGAUGCCCCGAUGAAGGUGGAGGUGUCGGUGCACCAGGGCCACAGCCCGCCGGGUGCCAUGCCCGGGCCCGUGGUGACUAAGACCGAGGUGGAGAGGUGGUUCACGGCCCCCGGCGUGCGGAGGAUCCGGCUGAAGGAAGGAGUCGUAAGGGGCUCCCUCUUUCUGCCGCCGGGGGAUGGCCCCUUUCCAGGAGUGAUUGACAUGUAUGGUGACGAAGGAGGCUUGAUUGAACUUAGAUCCAGUCUCCUGGCUACCCGUGGUUUUGCUGCUCUUUCUCUGCCAUAUUUUGACUUUGAAGAUCUUCCUAAGGUCAUGAAAGAACUCAAACUGGAGUACUUUGAGGAGGCAGCUAGAUUCCUGCAGCGUCACCCAAAAGUGAAAGGACCAGGAGUUGGAGUGAUUGGGACUGGAAAAGGGGCAGAAUUAGCACUCUCCAUGAUCACCUUCCUGCCAGAAGUCGUGGCUGCUGUCUCUAUCUCUGGCUGUAGUUCAAACACAGUUGCAGACCUCCAUUACGGUGAUAUGACUCUGCCUGGGCUGCGUUUUGAUAUGAACAAGGCCAAAGCAACAACUAUCAAAGAAGCUCUAGCCAAAUGGGAAGAAAAAAAUGGCCAGAAGGCUUCAGAGGCAAAGGAGGUGAAACUGUACGGUCAGGUUCCUCCUGUAGAGAAGAUGGAUGCAUCUCUCUCCACACUUGUUAACUGCGAGAAACUAUCGCUGUCUACCAACUGCAUUGACAGAAUCGCCAACUUGAGCAACCUAAAAAAUUUGAGGAUUCUGUCUUUGGGGAGAAAUAAUAUAAAGAACUUGAGUGGAUUGGAGGCAGUUGCUGAUACUUUAGAGGAGCUGUGGAUCUCAUACAACUUAAUUGAGAAACUGAGGGGUAUCAAUGUAAUGAAGAAGCUGAAGGUUCUUUAUAUGUCAAAUAAUUUGGUGAAAGACUGGGCAGAGUUUGUGAGACUGGCAGAGCUGCCAUUGCUAGAGGAUCUGGUGUUUGUAGGCAAUCCACUACAAGAGAAAUAUGCCUCCUCUGAUCAGAAGAACAGCUGGAUUGAAGAAGCAACCAAACGUGUACCAAAGUUGAAAAAGCUGGAUGGUACCCUAGUUGUUAAAGAAGAAGAAGAAGAAGGAGCAGAAGAAGGAGCAAACUGAAGACACUUUCUUGUUGGGUAUUUGAUUAUUUAAGUGACUCCAGAUAGCUUGGCACAUAUAACUUUUAUAUAAAAUAUUUGAAGAAAAUCUUUGGGCCAUUUUUAAAAGACCAGCUUAUCUCCACAGUCUCUCACCCAAAGAGUUAGUUACCAAAAAUUGGUCACACUGAUUUUGUCAAGCUUAUGACACUUUCUGUAGAGACCAGUGGAGCUGAGUUUAUCUGCUGUUUGGCUAGCAAGAGAUCUUUACCUAAACUAAUAUAUAGCUAUUUUUAAUUCCUGAUUAGUGGUGCUUGUUCACUCUUGGGUUAUAAGAGAACCAUUUUAUCUUGUUAGGUGCAUCUGGCCAACAUUUAAUUGGAAACAUUGAGGCCAAAAGGAUAAUGUUGUAGUUUAGAGAACCUUACGAGCUUUGUUGUGUUUGAUUUUGUCAUGGGACUCCCUCAAUGUUUUUAAUAUGCAAGUUAGCCUUUUUAUUCCCCGAACUGUUAUGCCAAACAGGCCCAGUAGUUGUGGAUAUACUCACAACAAAGGUAUUGAUCUGAUGAUCGUUUGUUCCUGGCCUUAAGUUUUGAAAUGGGCUUCUCACAUUGGAACUCAACUGCAUUGCUUAGGAGGCCGUGUAUAACUUAUCUUAUUUAUUUAUUUAUUAAGAGGCAAUGGGAAUUUUUUGCAUGGUUUCAGUGAGACUAAAAUAUCUGCUAGCUUUUUUUUUCAUCUCUAACUAAGAAAUUACUUCGGAUUGGACUAUGUGGCCUAUUAGCCUGCAGCUGGUUCCUGGGUUUGGACUGGGUCACUGGUGGAGAUAAUCCUUUUCAGCUCUGGAAUCUUCCUAUAACGAAGUAGGCUGGUACUAACAGAGAAACAAACAGUGAACAGAAGACCUCAGCUUGAGGACAGAAAGGUUUGCCUUGGGGAUACUUAUUUUUUUAUGAAAGUACAAGUGUAAGAAAAAGCACAGGUGUAAGCAGUGAGAGAAAGUGUAUGUAGUCAGUGGGGAAGGUGAGGUGAGAUGAGAUGGAAAGUGGGCAUAGGGGAAAAAAGUAUUGAAGAGGUACUAAAUAUGCUAUAUUGCAGGGUAACCAGUUCUUAUAUGACUAUUUCUAGUGAAAAGUAUUAAACAGUGGUGAAGACGUGCACGAUUGCACUGUGGGAUGCCAGUAGUGUGAUUUAAAUUCUUCUCUUUGAAGAAUAGAUUGAGUCAUCUGAGUAGAUUUUUCUGCAGCUCCUUUUUGGUUUUUUUACCAAGCUUUUCUUCUAAUUUGUGGUACCAUCUUUGUUUAAAUUCGAGUGGUGACAAGUGAACCUGCUGGUUCCAGCCCAGACAUAGAAGGAGUGGAGCCAGAACACCACUCUUAAUUACUUUGUUUGUGAAGGUAUGGCAGGAGUAGAAAUCUUGGAAGUCAUGGUCAG